AUGCCGCCUAGUGCAGUCUCGUAUGACCAGCAGUUUUUGGAAGGUUUAGUGCUAGACUUGGCCGCAAUCGACGAAGGAAUCUCCACCGAACUGGGCUUGCAGAUACUUGUAGCGAUGUGUUGUGCGAGCAAGCGUGCAGAUCUGGUGCCCUCACUAUUCCAGAACGCCCUUGAAAAAGCGGACAGGUCGAAGGACUCAAUACUUGAGCUGUUUGACAGUUUCCGUGAGACUAUCAAUAUGAUUUGGCCCUUUGUAUGUGUACCGCAAGUCAUACCAGCUGCUCUUGGUCUUGCCGGUUAUUUGCAGUCCAAAGGUAUCACCACCCUAGACCAAAACAAAAACAGGAACAGACCGGAUUUCACUCAGGAAGACACUGAACUAGGAAAGGCUACGCGUCGUUCGAUAUACAAAGCAUCGGCCAACAAUGAGGUCUUCGAGAUGUUAAGUACUUUUUAUGGAGAUUUCGCCUACGCACUGAACACAGUUGGAUUCGGUUAUAAUCUAGGGUGUACUAACGACUAUAAACUUCCUUUGCCAGCAGCAGAGCUGAUAGUAACCUCUGCUCUCAUUGCACUUCCCGCAACCAGACAAGCAGGGAGCCAUGUGAAAGCAUGUAUAGCAUUUGGAUAUUCUGACGCCGAUAUUACUAGGGUCGCCAAAAUGGCGGAGAAGUUGGCUGCGUGGCAAGGAUACAAUCUCACGCCUAUCAAUGUCAUGCUCCUUGCUCAGCAGGCUCGAAGCAAUCUGAAAGUUGCAUAG